AUGACGACGGAUUCUGAAGGAAGCUCUCCGCUACCUUCUCCUUCUCCAUCUCCGCUGCCCUCAUCAGUUCGGACCGGCAAGCGCAAAUUGAACGCUCCUCAACGAUACCGCGACGACGAUGGUCCAGUCAAACGGUCCAAGAACGAUACUGACAACCCUUACUCCGACGCUUUGUCAACUACGGACGCCAACCUUAUCUCACUCGUUGACGCGUAUUCUCGCACCAAGCCCUGGCUCAGGGCUGUCAGCUACGCCUUUCCUAAGUGGCCGUGGGUCACGAGCAUCAUCCUCGAUAAUGCCUCACUGGCUGUGUCGCUCCAUGCUCGCGACAGCGUGCCCAAGACGGUCAUGGAUCUCGCGCUGGCUCUCGAUGACUGGGAGCGCACCAAGAUCUAUGCUGUGCGCAAAGGCACGGACUCGGCUAUGUGCUACUUCAGACGGCUUGGGAUAGAGAAACUCGGUUCUGUGACACCGGGCGCGCACGAUUUCGGUCAACUGCAUGAUCUGCUCUCGUCGAGAAGCUUAAUGGUAACGCACAAGAUCUUAGUUGUCUAUCGUACAUUGGAUAUCCUUGCGUGGCUGUCUGGUGCGCCCGAAGUCGCUCGCGCCCGCGGUACUCCAAGGUCGCCGGACAUUGGGAAGCUCGUUCCUACCACAUUCACCAAAUUCGACGCAAUCAAUGAUUGGAUCAGUGCUCUGAACGGGACGGCCGAGGCGUGUCGCCCUCGCACGACAGCAUCCCGACCCCGCAAUCUGCCAGCCAUUGACUGGGACCAUCUUGACAUCAUCAUUCCCUCCCAUGAUGAGGUCUCCGCGGCAAAGAAAAGGCUCGGAGAUAGCGACGACUUUCACACCGGGAGUCACACCGCCAUCUGUAACAUCAAGAGUGCCGCCUUCGGGUUGUGCUUCCUUCUCGAGGAAUGCCACGAAGAGCGUGAUAACCUUUCAUAUGUUAAUUUCAUUGACCUGAAGACCUAUUGCGGCGGUGACAUUAACCUAUGCCGACGCGUUUGGGAAACACUUUCAUUGGCCCUAUUCGUAUCUCCAGUCUUACUCUUGUGCGGCAAGGAUAUCCCUAACCGACAAGCUGAGAUCCCUAUCAAGCGGUUGUGGGAGUUUUGGAGACUACUUGGUAAUACUGGUCGACCGGCAGAGCUGAUCAAAACGGAACGGCAAGUCUGGAGGAUCAUUCUCGAUGUCGCGCGUGGCUUCUCGGCACCCGAUUGCAUUGCCUCCUUUGCAGAGUACUGGCUAAAGGGGCCACGUAACCAGCGAAGUUACAUCGAGCUCUCAUCGUGGUUCGUGAAUGGAGAAAGAAUGACCGCGACGACGAACUCUUCCACUCAGAAUAGCUUCUCUCAGCGACCGGUGCGUCAAGACGCUUCGACCGAUAUCAAGGUGGACAAAUAUGAGCGUUCGGUAAAGCAGAUUAAAACGGGCUCGGCAUCUGGUGCCACCCAGACGAUGCACAUGGGAUUGCCGAACGCGCUUAUAAACGGCCAAAGCUUAUCUACGCCGGGCCCCUCAACGUCUGCGGCAGGUCCAUCAAUAACACCGGCUGCUUCCAAGAAUAUAGCGUCUAGUUCUAUCAACUCGGUGUCGUCAUCCUCAGCGGCAGCAGGAAGGAUCAACUCCAUGAAGCAGGAUCUCGCGUCUCUCAGACAAGACGUUCAGAAGAAGGAUGAGUUGAUCAUUGAACUUAAACAUGCCAACGCGUCGUUGACCCGGGCGAGGGAGAUCGAAGGACACGGUAAGAUUUUGAAGCAGUGCAUUGAACUGCUGGAGGGCCAUCCCGAAAGGCGUGGCGUGCAUGAUCUGUCUGGCGCCAUGUCUGCCCUCCAAGAUGUCAUUGCACGUCUCUCGAACGCGGCCACAUCAAAAGAGAAGGAGCUGGAGAACCUUCGAGAGGAGAAUAGACAUAUCAACGAGGCGCUUGGCUUAUGA